GGCAGAGGGUCCAGCCGCACCAACUAAAGCGCUAACAGCUCCGGCUCCCGCUCCCAUUUCCCAGUGGAAGGUCGUCCAGUUUCGCCGCUGCCGCCGCUUUUCCUCCUCCCCGGCAGAAAAUCGCGUGGAGGGCUGGCUCCUUUCCCAGUCUCCGCGAUCGCAGUAGCGGCGUGGCUAUUUUAAAAGCCAUUCCCACCCCACCUCUCUCUACGCCAGGGAGUUCCUCCUAUCUCGGGACCCGUCUCAGUUUCAAACCGCCGGCUCCCAGGCAAUCAAGGUUAUACUCGUAGGCGCCUGGUGCGCGCGCACGUGUCCGGGGGUAAAGCAGCGGAAUCUCGCCUUGCAGAAUUUCGCCUUCUGAGGCGGAACGCCCCGUUUUCCCGCUUGCCGCUCCCCCCCCCCCUCCAAUCCCUACCUUCGGGCUGCCUCGGGGAAAUGGAUUCCCGAGCGUGAACUAUUAAACUGCUUCUUGGCAAGUUAUGCUUGCUGCCUGCCAUGCGGUUGUGAGCUGUCUUGAAUAAAACGCACCCGGCGGGAGAAAAGGGAACCAAACUAAGGAGGGGGAAAUAUAUAUAUAUAUAUUAUAUAUAUCCAGGACGCGUCUCUUUCUCUACUCCCAAGUUUUCAGUUCAGCCGCCUCGAGAUGGAUGAGGAUGGGAUUCACCUCCACAGAAUGGCCCGCGCGUCAUACCCUGACGGUUCAUUUCAUGGGGUGGAGUUUCUCCCAGAAAAUUUCAGAGAUGCUUCUAAUGAAACAACAAUGAGGAUGAAUGAGAAAUACUCCACAUUACCUGCUGAGGAGAAGGGAAUCCAUAUCAUCAACAUCAGAGCUAUUGAAGACAUCGGCUAUGUUCGCACGGAAAGUACGCUAUUAAAUUCAUUCUCACAAGAUCCAGAUGCCAACUGCAAAUAUGGACUUUUUUUUAGAGAUGGCAAAAGAAAAGUGGAUUAUAUUCUCGUUUACCACUACAAGAAAUCUUCAUUUAGUAGGACACUCACUCGGCGAAUCCAUUUCAAUGAUUUGGGACCUCGGAGCGUUAAGCAAGAUAAACCACUUCCUGGAAAAGGAGGGCAGCUUAGCAUGGAUGAAAGUGCACCUCACAUAGAUUAUCAUGAAGAUGACAAGAGAUUCCGUAGAGAAGAAUAUGAAAGCAACCUUAUGCAGACUGGCCUUGAGUUGGAAAGAGAUGAAGAUACAAAAAUUCAUGGUCUUGGAUUUAUAAAAAUUCAUGCUCCUUGGAAUGUUUUAUGCCGCGAAGCAGAGUUUAUGAAACUGAAGAUGCCUACAAAAAAGGUGUAUCAAAUUCAUCAACCUCAUGGACUUUUGAAAAAGAUCAAUUCUGUAAUCCAAAAAAUAACAGAACCCAUUCAACCUAAAGUGGCAGAACAUAAGCAUCAGACAGUGAAACGACUUUCCUAUCCUUUCUCAAGGGAGAAGCAACACUUGUUUGACCUCUCUGAUAAAGACUCCUUUUUUGAUAGCAAAACUAGGAGUACCAUAGUUUAUGAAAUACUGAAAAGAACUACAUGCACCAAAGCAAAAUAUAGCAUGGGGAAAGGAGAGGGAAGAAAGAAGGACACUACCCUUUUAAAUAAAAGACGAAAAUGUGAUAAAUAUGGGAUCACCAGUCUACUUGCCAAUAAUGUUUACAGUGCUGCAUAUCCCUUGCAUGAUGGUGAUUAUGAAGGUGAAUAUGUUGAGCCAAAUGACAGAAAACUCCUGUGUGAAGAAUGGGCAAGUUAUGGAGUAUUUUAUAAAUAUCAACCAAUUGACUUAGUCAGGAAGUACUUUGGUGAAAAGAUUGGACUAUAUUUUGCCUGGCUGGGAGUUUAUACACAAAUGCUCAUUCCAGCUUCUAUUGUGGGAAUUAUCGUGUUCCUUUAUGGUUGUGCAACUGUUGAUGAGAAUAUACCAAGCAUGGAGAUGUGUGACGAGAGAAACAAUAUCACCAUGUGUCCCUUAUGUGACAGAACAUGUAGCUAUUGGAAAUUGAGCUCUGCUUGUGCCACUGCUCGGGCUAGCCAUCUUUUUGAUAAUCCAGCCACUGUCUUCUUCUCAGUCUUCAUGGCUCUCUGGGCUGCUACCUUUAUGGAACACUGGAAGAGAAAACAGAUGCGUCUGAAUUACAAAUGGGAUCUUACUGGUUUUGAAGAAGAAGAAGAGGCAGUCAAGGAUCACCCAAGAGCUGAGUAUGAAGCAAAAGUAUUAGAAAAAUCUCUCAAGAAAGAAUACAGAAAUAAAGAGAAGGGCCAGCAAUUGCCAGAAGAGGCAGCUAACAAAUGGCGACAAAGAGUUAAGAGAGUCAUGGCUGGGAUGAAAUUGACUGAAAAAGAAAAACUGACAUGGAAAGAUCGUUUCCCAGCAUACUUCACAAAUUUUGUGAGCAUUAUUUUCAUGAUUGGACUGACAUUUGCUAUUGUUUUUGGGGUUAUUAUAUACCGAAUCUCCACUGCAGCAGCUUUAGCCAUCAGCUCCUCUCCAGGAGGCAGGUCGAAUGUUAGAGUGACUGUCACAGCCACUGCAGUAAUUAUUAAUCUGGUGGUAAUAAUAAUCUUGGAUGAAGUAUAUGGCUGCAUAGCUAGAUGGCUGACUCAGAUUGAGGUUCCAAAAACAGACAAAAGUUUUGAAGAACGACUUAUCUUCAAGGCCUUCCUUCUGAAAUUUGUUAAUGCUUACACCCCCAUUUUCUACGUUGCUUUCUUCAAGGGCCGAUUUGUUGGACGCCCAGGAGAUUAUGUCUACAUUUUUCGUUCUCUUCGAAUGGAAGAGUGUGCUCCUGGUGGUUGCCUGAUGGAAUUGUGUAUACAACUUAGCAUUAUAAUGUUGGGGAAACAGCUGAUUCAGAAUAACCUUUUUGAAAUUGGCAUCCCGAAAAUGAAAAAAUUUAUAAGGUACUUGAAGCUGAAACGACAAAAUCCUGUAGAUUAUGAAGAGCAUAUGAAGAAAAAACAGCGUUAUGAAAUAGAUUAUAAUCUGGAACCUUUUGCAGGACUUACUCCAGAAUACAUGGAAAUGAUAAUCCAGUUUGGUUUUGUAACCCUGUUUGUUGCAUCCUUCCCAUUGGCUCCCUUGUUUGCAUUGCUCAACAAUAUCAUUGAGAUACGUCUGGAUGCAAAGAAAUUUGUCACUGAGCUUAGGAGGCCAGUUGCAGUGAGAGCUAAAGAUAUAGGGAUAUGGUAUAAUAUCCUCAGAGGGGUAGGAAAAUUGGCUGUGAUCAUAAAUGCAUUUGUGAUCUCAUUCACAUCUGACUUCAUUCCACGCCUCGUGUACCUGUAUAUGUACAGUGAGAGUGGCACCAUGCAUGGCUUCGUGAACCAUACACUAUCCUAUUUUAAUGUCAGCAAUUUUCAAGGAGGAACUGCUCCAAAAGAUGAUAUGGAGCUUGGCUAUCCAGUGCAAAUAUGCAGAUACAAAGAUUAUAGAGAACCUCCAUGGUCUGAAAAUAAAUAUGAUAUUGCAAAAGAUUUUUGGGCUGUGCUUGCAGCAAGAUUAGCAUUUGUAAUAGUGUUUCAGAAUUUGGUUAUGUUUAUGAGUGACUUUGUUGACUGGAUUAUUCCAGACAUUCCCAAAGACAUUAGUCAGCAGAUUCACAAGGAGAAAGUUCUCAUGGUAGAAGUCUUCAUGAAAGAAGAGCAAGGAAAGCUGCAGCUGCUAGAAAACUGGAGAGACAAGGAUCAAAGGAGAGGUGAAAAUUGUAACAGUCACAGUCCCAGGUCAUCAAUGAGCCAUAGAGGGAGUGUAUCUUCCUGUCACUCAUGCCAUGUUGAGGUAUAGAAGAAGUCGAUGUUUUACACUGGGGCAUUCCAUUCACAAAGCAGCCAAUAUUUACAUGAUAGAACUUCAUACUUUAACAACCUGGUGCAUGUUUAAGCAUAUGCGACUGUUUCGCUUAUAUCUAUGUGAGAAAUAAUGUUCUUACGAACAGAAAGGACCAUAUUCUAUUUCUGACAAGUUUUCUUUUUUUAAUUUUGUUUCCUUUUUUGCACAAAAAUAAUGCAGGGAUUUUUUUAUAUAUAUAAAUAGAUAGGUAACUUGCAUAGUUAGCUUAGAGCUGUCACUGUUUUAUUUUUUAAAAGGAGAUAGGAUUCUGUAGACUCUUCUCUGAGAAUUUUAUAUUAGCGUAUUUAUUAAAAUAGGAUAAAAUGUAUGAACCAAACUACAACUAUUGGAAUAAUAAUAAGUCCCCCAUUCCUAAUAAGCUACAUCUGGGGUCUUGCAAUAUGCGAAUAAUAAUAAUAAUAAAUACUAUACUGUGGAGUGCUUUUUGCAAAGCUGUGGCAACCAAGGUCUGACUUGAAUCUGCCGACUUUUUUACAAGCAGAAAUCCUGUUGAAUUUCCUUGAUGAUAUGUUGAAUAACCUGAAUUUUCUCCAAAGUGAAUGUGGGAGCAAGAUUAUUUUGUUUUCCAUUUGAGAUUCUUGCCUCAAUUCAUCACUUCCAUCUUCAUUUCAUUUACUCUUAUGAAUAGAAUGGUCAGACUGAAAUCACUGUAAUCUUAGUCUCAUUAAUGAGAGCAAAUAACUGUACUGUCUUUCAUAUCUUCUUCUAUGAAAGAUAAACAAUUUAUGGAGGGGCAUUUAGUUUACUAAUUCAAAGUGUCUAGUGCACAUUCCAGAGGGGGAUUCUAAAGAGCAAGAGGCAUCAGCACAAUUUCCCCAAACACUGAAGGACCUUUGAAGAAAAAGUGUCCUGAGUUAAGAGCACACACAAAAACACACACA